AGAAGAGAGAGAUUGUAAUUUCAGAGAUAUUGGAAUUUAGAUUUGUUCUAAGUAAUAGUGAUGCCUUUUUAAAGUAGCAUUUGAAAGUGUUUUUGGAGUGCUUCAGUACCUCUAUUGUGUCCUCUGAAAUUAAUAGAGAUUACCUUUAUAUGACAGAUCAGGAAACGAAAGAAAGAGAAGUGAUUUGACAUGAGUCAUACAGCUAGAUUGUGGAAGAGGAAGGGAAUAAAGGUUUAGUCUUCUCUCUGAGUCUAAUACUGAUUUGAUUGUCUAAUACUGACUUUCUCUAUUUUUGGUUAUAUUUCAUGCUUUUGUUUUUAGUAGAUUGUUACCUUUAUUAUGUAAGGAUGAGGAUUUAAUUUUGGAGGGAGAGGAGCAUGGAUGUGCCAGAGAAACAUCUAUCAGGUCCUCCUGCACACCCCUAACCGGGGACCUGGCCUGCAACCCAGGCAUGUGCCCUGACCAGGAAUCAAUCCAGCAGCCUUUCAGUUUGCAAGACAAGGCCCAACCAACCCAGUCACACCAGUCAGGGCAUGGCUCAGUGUUUUUAAAAAAUACUCUACAGAUUCUGAUUCAACAAACAUAGGAGGAUCCUGGGAAUCUGUGUAUUAAAAAAAAUCCAGGUUAUUGAUCAUUGAAAUAACCACUGAUCUUGUUAGUGAAGAAAUGAUAGUUACUUAAAACAAUUUUCAAGAAUUGUAUCCAGUGUGUCAGUAGUCCAAAGUGACUAGCUCCCCUAGGGAAGAGCCGCAUGGUCUGACAUGGUAGACACAGGUCACACGUGGCUGUUGAACAUCUGAAAUGUGGCUGGUCCAAACUGAAAUAUGCUGUAAGGAUAAAAUAUACUAGAUUUAAAAGGCUUAUUUAGUAUGAAAAGAAAAAGGAAUAUAAAAUUGCUCAUUAGUAAUUUUUUAUAUUGAUUUACAUGUUAAAAUAAGGCUUUUGAAUAUGUUUUGUUAAAUAAAAUAUAUUACUAAAAUUAAUUUUGUCUCUCUUUUUUUAAAAUGCCUAUGCGACUUGCAUUAUAUUUCUUUUGGACCAGCACUUUAGACUAUUUAGGAGGAAGGCUUUGUGGAGGAGGUGCAGUUGGACCAAAGCCCUCCUCAGAAAAAUGAAAAGCAUUUCUGCCCCAGGACAGAUGUGGAAAUGAUGGGUGAGGAGAAAAUGGGGGACUGUAUGGAAGAUACACUCAAGGGGCUCUGCAGAGUGGUCUUUUUAGAAUGGAGAGAGGGGAAUACUGAUCAUGAGGCUAGACAGAUAUUGUGUCCCGGUCAUAUUCUGAGAUCUUUUCAUAUAUUUCAUUUGGUUUUUGAAACAAUCUUAUGAGGUAGGUACUCUUUUUGAUCAUUUUACCCAUAAUUAAAGUCUUUGGUUAUGUAACUUCCCCAUAGGUACAGAACCAGCAGGUAAUGAAGGUAGGAUUCGCAUUAGGCAGUCUUAACGUCAAGGCCCACGUUUAACCCACAGUGUGCUGCGCAAAGAUGGUUUGGCCAUCCUUGAUCUUGGUCCUGUUUCCCUCACUUCUGUUGGGUGUUUGUAGACUUACAGGAAGGAACAGAAAGCUCAUGUUUCAUCCUAAUUGGUAAAAGAUUUAUCGAGGUAUACCUUAGUACUAUUACCAUUUAUAAUCCUACUUUGUAUAGUUAUAAAAAGUUAACAUUAAGACUGAUGAUUGGAAUUAAAUGCUAAUUCUGCAGAGGAGAUCUGGUCUUUGGAAUGGAAAACUUUUCUUUCAAUUCAGCAUUUGCUAAGUAACCUACAGAGUGCCUGGCACAGGGCUAGGAGAAGGGGAUUCAGAGAUGAGUCUGACACAUUUCCUUCCUUCAAGGAGCUCAUAACCAGUAAAGAAGAAGAAAAUCAAGCGCGAAAUAAAGAUUUUGGAGAAUUUGCGAGGCGGUCCCAACAUCAUCACACUGGCAGACAUUGUAAAAGACCCUGUGUCACGAACCCCUGCCUUGGUUUUUGAACACGUAAACAACACAGACUUCAAGCAAUUAUACCAGACGUUAACAGACUAUGAUAUUCGAUUUUACAUGUAUGAGAUUCUGAAGGCCCUGGAUUAUUGUCAUAGCAUGGGAAUUAUGCACAGAGAUGUGAAGCCCCAUAAUGUCAUGAUUGAUCAUGAGCACAGAAAGCUACGGCUAAUAGACUGGGGUUUAGCUGAGUUUUACCAUCCUGGCCAAGAAUAUAAUGUCCGAGUUGCUUCUCGAUACUUCAAAGGUCCAGAGCUACUUGUAGACUAUCAGAUGUACGAUUAUAGUUUGGAUAUGUGGAGCUUGGGUUGUAUGCUGGCAAGUAUGAUUUUCCGGAAGGAGCCAUUUUUCCAUGGACAUGACAAUUAUGAUCAGUUGGUGAGGAUAGCCAAGGUACUGGGGACAGAAGAUUUAUAUGACUAUAUUGACAAAUACAACAUUGAAUUAGAUCCACGUUUCAAUGAUAUCUUGGGCAGACACUCCCGUAAGCGAUGGGAACGCUUUGUCCACAGUGAAAACCAGCACCUUGUCAGCCCUGAGGCCUUGGAUUUCCUGGACAAGCUGCUGCGAUACGAUCACCAGUCACGGCUCACUGCAAGGGAAGCCAUGGAGCACCCCUAUUUCUACACUGUUGUUAAGGACCAGGCUCGAAUGGGCUCAUCUAGCAUGCCAGGAGGCAGUACGCCUGUCAGCAGCGCCAAUAUGAUGUCAGGGAUUUCUUCAGUGCCAACCCCUUCGCCCCUCGGACCUCUGGCAGGCUCACCAGUGAUUGCUGCUGCCAACCCCCUCGGGAUGCCUGUCCCAGCUGCCGCUGGCGCCCAGCAGUAAUGGCCCCUUAUGUCUCCUGAUGCCUGAGCAGAGGUGGAGGAGUCCACUCUCUCCUUGAUGCAGCUUGCGCCUGGCGGGGAGGGGUGAAAUACUUAAGAAGCACCGUGUCUGAACUGUUGCUUGUGGAAUUAUAGUAGUUCAGUCAUAAAAAAAAAUUAUAAUAGGCUGAUUUUCUUUAUCUUUUUUCCUUUUUUUUUUUUUAAUUCAAACUUUUCAUAACUCAGGGGAUUCCCUGAAAAAUUACCUGCAAGUGGAAUAUUUCACAGAUAAAUUUUUUUCUCCCCUUCCAAAUUCAGUUCCUCAUCACUAAAGAACAAAGAUAAACCAGCCUCAAUUCCAGCAGCUGCAGUUGGGUGGAGAUUUCUUCCCAUGCCCACCAUUGCUCCCCUACCAUCCCACACUUUGGGGGGUUUGUAUCUCAUUUUGUUUUUCAGAGAUUACAAAAAUGUAGCUUCUUCAAGGGAGGUAGGAAGGAAGGGGGACCCAACUAUGAAAGCAGCACCCUGCUAGUCAUUUCCAUCACCUAACUCCCAAAGUGCUUCAGUGGGGUUCUCCUGGUGAAUCUAGUGGAAAUAUGUCUUAAUAGUUAAUUGAAAUGCUGAAAAACUACCCCAAGUCCUGAAAACUUCUGUUCAGUAUGAAUCAUGUCUUAUUGACCUGACCCUAAAGCUAACUCACUUAUAAGUUUAGUUUCAGUUUAGUUUAAAACUUGAAUAACCUUCCCUUCCAGGCUCUUUACCUUGGUCCUCUCCUCUUUUAUCUCCCAACAUAUAUAGCUGGUAGGAGGGGGAAGGCAAAAUCUUUUUCAGUUUUCUUUGACUUGGCCAUUUUGAAUUCAGUUAGUUACUGGGUAUAACUUACUGCUUUUUACAAAAGAAAAAAACCUUGUUUAUAUGGGUUUCAUGCUAACAGUGCUUUAAGAGCUAAUGGGAGAUGUGGCCACACUGUUUCAUUUUAAGCUUUCUACCUUCUUUUCCUCUUAUCUUCCCCUAUCCUCACAUGCCAUCCAGUGAGAAGACCUGCCCCUCAAUCUUGUAAAUGUAUCUGAGAGGUAGGAGCAGAGCCACUGUCUCCAGUGAAACUGAAAUGGUAGACCUGUAAUUAUGGGAAAACUAUAAACUCUCUUGUUACAGCCCUGCCACCCCUUGCUGUGUGUAUAUAUAAUACUUUGUCCUUCAUAUGUGAAAGAUCCAGUGUUGGAAUUCUUUGGUGUAAAUAAACGUUUGGUUUUAUUUAUCAA